UGUCCGAUCUUUCGUUUGAAUAGAUGACAUUCAAUGUUUAAACUAAAAAUCUUAACUUAUAAUUGCACCAAGGUUUAAACUUAUAAAAAUAUGCGUACUUUUAAUACUUUGUGAAAUUGACACUAGGGAUUAAUAAAAGAAAUAGAAGAAGUAGACAGUACAUCUUACAUUAUUGAAGAAGUGGUAUAAAUCAAAAAUCUAGAGUUUGAGAUUGUUUACAUACAGUUUUAAGAAUUUUAAGGAAUUUAAUGAGGAUAAGUACCAAAACAACAAAUGGGUUGUUGUUCGGCUUUGGCAAAGGUUUUCCUUGUUGCUGUUAAUAUAUUUUUUCUGGUGAUCGGCCUUGCGUUUUUCGCUCUUGGCCUUUUCGUUAGGUUUGGCUCCAGUGUCAUCAACGAUUAUGUAGAUUCUGCAAAAAAAUCGAUAGAAGAUUCAGUUAGUGGUAUUUCUACAUUUGGCACAAUUGACCUGUCAAGUUUUGAUGUAACUGAGAUGCUACGUGGUGUGGCCCUGGGUCUCAUUUUCACAGGCUUGUUUCUGGCUAUCAUCACGUUCCUCGGGUGCUGUGGAGGAUGCUGCAAUGUGAAAUGCAUGCUCAUCACGUACAUCGUUAUAUGCUGUGUACUUCUGGUCGGACAGGCAGUUGUUGUUGGAAUAUUGUAUGGAUCGCCAGAUACGAUUCACGAUAGCGCAAAGAAGCCAUUAAAAGACAAAAUACAGUCAGACUAUGCUGGUCUUAACGGCACUGAUAUCAUAAGUGUCGGGUGGAAUGUUGUGAUGAUAAAGGUCAAGUGCUGUGGUGUUAACAACUACGAUGAUUUUACUGGAGCAGCAAACUGGAUAUAUGAUUACACUUCAUUAUCUCCACCAGUUACCCUGAAAACUCCGCUGGCAUGUUGCAUGACCCUGCCAGACUCUGACGACUUUACAUGUGCUUCAAUAACUGGAGCCACAGACUCCAACAAUUAUCAAAGCACUGGAUGUUAUGACAAGAUUUGGGACGACACACUUGGGAAUUUGUCCAUAGCUGUAGGAGCUUUGGCCGGAAUUUGUUUGAUGCAGCUGUUAUUGGUAAUGUUUGCCCUCGUUAUCCUGUGCUCGGGUGGGAAGAACAAAGACAACAAAGUGAGACCUGAUGAAAGACAUGAAAGAUCGCCUCAACACAUUGACAAGAGAAAGGAAGCUCUACGAUUUUGAAACAGAACAGAAUUUUCUAUUAUUGUUUAAGGUCCUUAUCUACAAAGUAACAAAGAACCGAUUCUGCGUAGAUGCUAUUAAAUAUCAUAAUUAGUAAAUUUCAAUUUCAAAAAGACAAAGAGGUCUUUUCAGAGUACAGUGUACAUAAUAAAACUUUAUUGUCAAGAUUUAUAAAUAAUUCGCUUCAACACAUUUAAGCAGGUAUGGUGUUCAAAAUCACCCUUUCAUUGAACCGCAUUUAAGUUUCAAUAUAAAAAUCCAGGUUGUAAGUUUUAUUUCCAUACCAAGUAUUUAGUACACGGUAAUUGCUGGGCGCUAUACCAUCUUAUGUAAUUUAUACUCUAUGGCUGCCUUCUUAAUUUUUGUUGAUGUUGUUGUUGUUGUUGUUAAAAUCGUAAGAAUUAAUGUGACAUAAAAAGGUACUAAAUGAACUACAUUCGAUAAGUUUUAAGUGCUUUUUAAAAUUAAAAUGUAAGCAUCUUUA